AUGUUUGAGAUUGGAUACCCAGCUUAUUCAGUUUCUCCAGGUUGCCUUCCGAAAACAGUGUACAUUGCAGGUGGUGGAGGCAAAUCUAAAGUUGGAAUUGAUAACUCUCUUAAAGUUGCCCAACUUGAGAAAAAAGGACUCCAAUUAGUUCACAAAUAUGAUUUUGAUGACGUUGUUUCAAUGGUUACAUAUGAUACAAAUGGCCAAAAGUUUAUUGCUGCAGCAAUUGGUCCUUGUAUCAAAUUGUUCGAUAAGAAAUUCCACGAACUUUCAUCUUUCGAUACAGAAACUACAGAACUUCUCUUCCGCAAUAUAGAAUUUUCACCAGAUAGCAAAAAACUUAUUGCUAUUGAUGGAAGCAACGUUAUUUAUCUUUUAUCUGUGCCAGGACUUCGUCUUCUUGGCAAAAGCGAGACAUCAUUAUCAGAUACAGGCAAAGUACUUGUUCAAAGAGGCCUUUUUUACAAGCAUAAACCAGAUUCUUACUGUAUUCUUGUAGCAAACGCAAAAGGAAUCAAAAUGCUCGAGCCAAACGAGCAUCUGGAUGUUAUAGCUUCUACUGAUGAUGAUUUUGGCUGCGAGCCAAGAAACGUUUCUGUUUAUAACGACCUCAUUACUGUUUGUGGUAAUAAUGUUGCAGAAAGAAAAUGCUUAAUAGUACAAGCACAAUACAAAGAUGAUAAAUUACAGAUAAUCAAAAGAAAAGAACACAUCAAAAUUUUAAUUACAGCGGCUCAUUCAAAUGAAAAAGAAAUAGCUCUUGGAACAUGCAAUGGUGAUGUUCAUGUUCUAGAAAGGAACACCCUUAAGCAAAUUUACUAUAGAAAAGAAGUACAUAAAUCCCCAAUUACUUCAAUUACUCAAAUCGAAGACGCUGUCAUUACAUCUUCAAUUGAUAGAAGAUCAGCAGUUGUAAGAAGGCCAAAGGGAUCAUUAUUACCGUUCGGAAUCUUCUUAAUGUUGUUGAUGCUCCUUAUUUCGUUCUACGUUUAUUUAGUUGUCUACGAAGGAAGAAAACCAGAAAAUGACUUACAGUUGGCCAAAGAAUUCUUAGAAAAUUAUUACAAUAAAACAUCUACAGCGAUUAUGACCAAAUUCGGAGAAAUCAAGGAGAAAAUCGAAGUUCUUAAGAAGAAAUAA